AUGCAACACCCCUUCCAGGUUACUCAUCUGUCCUUUGAUCUGGGCGAGCAGUCGCAUAGCAAUUCGCGCAACAACAUGGCGUACUCCGAGUCCAAAAUAGAAGUGCCACAUCAUAUACGACACAACGAGACGGUCGGCGCCGGUCUUUCGUCGUGGGUACAUCGGCUGAACGCUGUGGCCAAAUGUUACAGCUCGACCGAGAAGAGCGCGAGAGCCAGGGAGAUCGCUGUUUACAAACGUCUCGGGUCCGCUGCCUGGCAUCCAGGAAUAUUGCGCUUCUAUGGCAUCUUGGACGAGCAAUGUGUGGUUCUCCAAUUCGCAGAGCACGGCUCGAUCAGACAUUACCUAGGUCAAGGCCAACAAUCGCGAUGCCGGCGUAUACCUCUCACGACCAAACUUCGCUGGGCAGAACAGGCCGCAGACGCCAUUGCCUUUCUCCAUACAAACAAUGUGUUUCAUUGUGACAUUUCUUGCAAUAACAUCUUUCUCGACCAAAAUCUCAACGCCAUGGUUGGCGACUUUGCCGGGUCAUCUCUCGACGGAGCUCAAUGUUUGAGCUGGUACGAGACAAGCCAUUCUCACCCCGACAUGAUGGACCCAUCGCCCAAGAGUGAGCUGUUUGCUCUUGGCUCUACUUUCUAUGAGAUUGUUGAAGGCAAGCGGCCCUUUGAAGGGUUAGAAGAAAUGGCGAUUCAAGAAUCUUUCAGAGAUGGGCUUUUGCCAGACCUCGAAUCUCUUCCACUCGGGAACGUUAUUGCGAAAUGCUGGCGGCAAGAGUACGAGACUUGCGAGUUGCGUCCAUCUUGCGCGCAAGGAAAAAUCAACUGGCUAUUCCAGUCGCCCUCCUGA